AUGUCUCCUGCAAUGGCAAUAAAGGAGCACAGGAGCGAGGAUGAUACCCCAGAAGGUCAAUAUCAGAAAGGAGUGAAGCAGCUAUAUGAGAAAGGCCAUCUUCACUCGGUACCUAAGAAGUACAUACUUCCUGCUUCCGAGAGACCCACCAAAAGUGUGGAAGAUCCAAAUGUUGCCAAGCAAAACCUUCAGUUACCCAUCAUUGAUUUUGCCGAAUUGAUUGGCCCAAAUAGGUCUCAAGUCCUUCAAUCUCUAGCCAAUGCCUGUGAACAAUAUGGAUUUUUCCAGCUGGUAAAUCAUUGUGUCUCAGACGAUGUAGUAAGGAGCAUGAUAGAUGUGAGUGGGAGGUUCUUCGAUCUCCCUUUUGAGGAGAGAGCAAAGUACAUGACAACAGAUAUGCGGGCACCAGUUCGAUGUGGGACUAGUUUCAGCCAAACUAAAGACACAGUGAUGUGUUGGAGGGAUUUCUUGAAACUCUUGUGCCAUCCCUUGCCAGAUUUCCUCCCUCAUUGGCCUGCUUCCCCAGUGGACUUUCGGAAAGUUGUGGCGACCUAUGCAGAAGAAACCAGACAUUUGUUCCUGGUGGUAAUGGAAGGCAUCCUAGAGAGUUUAGGAAUUAUGGAAGCUAACGAUGAAGAGGAAAAUAUCAUGAAAGACUUGGGCAAUGGUAGCCAGAUGAUGGUGGUGAAUUUCUACCCACCAUGCCCUGAACCAGACCUUACCCUUGGGAUGCCCCCUCACUCCGAUUAUGGCUUCCUCACACUUCUCUUACAAGACCAAGUUGAAGGUUUGCAGAUCCAAUUCAAAGACAAAUGGGUCACUGUUCAACCUAUUCCAAACGCCUUCGUUGUCAAUAUUGGUGAUCACUUAGAGAUAUUCAGCAACGGAAGAUACAAGAGUGUAUUGCACAGGGCUGUGGUGAAUGAAGCUAAGAGUAGGGCAUCGGUGGCUUCGUUGCAUAGCCUUCCCUUCAACUGCACAGUGAGACCGUCGCCAAAACUCAUAGAUGAAGCCAAUCCCAAGCGUUACAUGGACACAAAUUUUGAUAGUUUUCUUGCGUACGUAUCCACCAGAGAACCCAAUAAAAAGGACUUCUUGAACUCUAGAAAGUUGACUUUUCCUUAA